UGGUACACAUGCAGCAAAAAUAGCUCUGCUAAGCACAAUUAUCAAGAAUAAUUUCCAACUGGACAUAUUUGCAUGCUCAUCUGAAAGGAGUAUACAUACAAACAAAUGUGAUUAGAGAAUAGGUGUGGUAUUGAUUUAAUGAUGUGUGUGAAAAGGAUAUGGUGCAGUGUGAGAGAGAACCUGCUGGUGUUAAAAGAAGAAAAUUGUUAUGCUUCAGCAAUCGUUUCAGAGCAGAGAAUCAGAUCUUCACUGUGAAGCUACAUCUAAACCAGACUGUGAAUCGUGGCCUGUGGCACUUGGAGAAGCAAAUUCAGAAAGUUUGCAGAAUAAAAUUCAGAAGCUCCGGAGGUUGAUCAUGGAAAUCAAAGAGGAGAGAACAUCAGAUGAAGCACAGCACUUUCUUCCUGCAACACAGGCAGACAACCUUAGGGAGCCUCAGUUUACAAGUAUCCAGAGGAUUGCGAAUGAGUCAAAGUUGGAGUUUGUCCUUGGCUUCUGCCUGUCACUUGUGGUAAGAAAAACUUACCCAAGAGUCCUAGUCUGGAGUAUUGGAGGUGCUGAAACAUCACCUCCAGGAACAGAUUUGAAAUCCUGCAAGGAUCUAGUGGCUACUGCCCGUGAUCGGAAGCUGAAUACAUUUGUACAGAUCUCAGUAGUACAUCCAGCAGAACAGACUUUGACGAGAUAUUCAAGCACUGAAAUUGUGGAGGGAACAAGAGACCCACUGUUUUUGACUGGUGUGACAUUCCCACCGGAAUAUCCUAUCUAUGAGGAGACUAAAAUAAAACUAACAGUCUAUGAUGUCAAAGAUAAAUCUCAGGACACGGUCCGCAUCCGUGUCCUGUCUGAACACAAGGAGUCAAGAACAGAUGUUGGGCGAAACUUUCUGGGCUUGACUACUUUUAAAGUAGGAGACUUGGUGAAGUCAAAGGAACAACAGUUGACCCUUACCCUGAGGACUCCUGAUGGUGGAAAGACAGUUGGUACCAUAGACGUCAGCCUUGUGAAGAUGGGGGAGAUAGAGGAGGGGGAAGUAGACCACAUCAUAACAGAUGUGCAGGGACAAAAGUGUGCAUUGGUGUGUGAAUGUACAGCACCUGAAGGCAUAAGUGGUAAAGACAGCGUACCUCUAUUAAAUGCAGUGUUAAAAAACCCAAUCUGUAAGUUAUAUAGAUUUCCCACUUCUGACAACAAGUGGCUGCAUAUCCGAGAACAGAUGUCUGAGAGCACUCUUUCUUUCCAUGUUCCCAAGGAAUUGAUCAAUCUGCACAUAAAGGAGGAUAUGAGAAGGAAUCAGGACCUAAAAGAGCUUGGGGACCUUGCUCCACAUUGGGACAAUAUGCGUAAAAAUGUUAUUGCACACUCUGAACAGAUGCUCAACAUGUACCAGGACACUCUUGCAGAUCUCGGGAAACAUACAGGAUCUUCUUUCAAAUCAAGUUGUAGUAAAGGAGAAAAGACACUAGAAUUUGUUCCAAUAAAUCUCCAUCUGCAAAGAAUGCAUGUGCACAGUCCUCGGUUGAAAGAUGCUCUGUAUGAUGUCAUCACAGUGGGAGCCCCUGCAGCACACUUUCAGGGAUUUAAGAAUGGUGGUCUUCGGAAACUGUUGAGUAAAUUUGAGGCAGAAAGGCGAAAUACUGGAUACCAGUGUAUUUACUAUUCACCUGAAAACACAGCCAAGGCAAAAGAAGUUCUCAGCAACAUCAAUCAUCUACAGCCCCUCGUAUCAAGCCAUGCAGACCUGCUGCUUAAUUCUGCAAGCCAGCAUUCUCCAGACAGCUUGAAGAAUUCUUUAAAGAUGCUUUCAGAAAAAACAGAGUUAUUUGUGCAUGCCUUCAAGGAUCAGCUGGUCAGAAGUGCCCUUUUAGCUCUAUACACAGCCCGUCCAGGUUGUGUCCUCAAGAAGCCAACUGUGCCCAGAACCAGUAUGGAAGAAUGUGGUGAUCCACAGGGUCAGAACCAUCCAUCUCAGAUCAAACGGCAGAACUCUAUACCUCACCAUUCAGAAUAUGAUGAAGAAGAGUGGGAUAGGGUGUGGACCAAUGUGGGGAAGAGUUUAAACUGCAUUAUUGCAAUGGUGGACAGACUGCUUGAAAAAGAAGACAGCAGCAGUGGCAUUAAGGAAAGUGAAAAUGACCCUUCAUCUGCAGCUUGCAUGGUAUCUCAUACAAGUGGUGACUGGUAUGAGAAGCUUUAUCCCCUCGUAAUUACACUCAAGGACUGCAUGGGAGAGGUGGUGACAAGGGCAAAGCAAUCAAUGACUUUUGUUCUACUUCAGGAACUUGCAUGUGGCUUGCCACAGCAUUUGAUGCUGACCCUAAGAAGAGACAUCGUCUUUAGUCAAGCACUUGCUGGAUUGGUCUGUGGGUUUAUAAUCAAACUGCACACAAGUUUACAUGAUCAAGGCUUCCUACAGCAGCUUCAUAUUGUUGGGUUAAUUGUUCAAUAUGAAGGACUUCUCAGCACUUAUAGUGAGGAAAUUGGGAUGCUAGAAGAUAUGGCUGUGGGCAUUUCAGAUUUACAGAAAGUAAUGUUUAAAAUAAUUGAAGCCAAAUCCAAUGACUUCUUGCCUGUAAUAACUGGAAGGCGUGAACAUUAUGUAAUAGAGGUCAAGCUUCCAGCAAAGAUGUUUGAGUUGCUGCCACAAGAGAUCAAAGAAGGAAAGCAGCUGCAUGUGUACCCAGUCCUCUUUAAUGUUGGAAUCAAUGAACAGCAAACACUUGCAGAGAGGUUUGGAGAUACCACUUUGCAAGAAAGUGUUAACCAGGAAAAUUUUGAACUUCUUAAAGAAUAUUACAAGUUGUUUACUGAAAAAAUGCCUCCUGAUUGGCUACCACAUUUUCAAGAACAGAAUGACCUAAAGGGAUUACUAGAAAAUCUCCACCAAAAUAUCCAGGCCAAAAAAAGAAAGAAUGUAGAAAUCAUGUGGGUGGCUGCAACGAUUUGCCGCAAGCUAAAUGGAAUCCGUUUCACCUGUUGCAAAAGUGCCAAAGACAGGACAUCCAUGUCAGUGACACUAGAACAGUGCUCAAUCUUGAGGGAUGAACAUCAACUGCACAAGGACUUCUUUAUCCGGGCGCUGGAUUGUAUGAGAAGAGAAGGAUGCCGCAUAGAGAAUGUACUGAAGAAUAUCAAAUGCAGAAAGUAUGCAUUCAACAUGAUACAGCUGAUGGCUUUCCCAAAGUACUACAGACCACCAGAGGGGACAUAUGGAAAAGCUGAUACCUAAGUUUAUAAUGUAAUAAGAAACACACAUCUAUCCUAAUUAGAUAAUAUAAACAUUGCUGUUUGUGUGUCAUGAAUUGGGAGUGUGUAACAAAACCAGGAGUUAUCUUGGUCAGCUAUCAGUGGAUCUAUUUUAAAUUAAAAUAACUGUAGUCCGUUACUAUGAAAGAAAACCUCAGUUAUUGUCUGAUUAAUGCUUGAGUGUUCUCAAAACCAAGUAUACACAGACCUCGAUGCUAGGCUGUAAUUUAACCAGAUUUCAUAAAGUAGUAGAAUUGGGCGUCUCAAGUAGCUUCAUGGAAGACCAAAAAGGAAAAUGCAGAUUGCUGCAGGAAUUGAUGUUAGUGAUUCCAUAGGGGGCACUCUGAGUCUGUACUGGUGCUAUUCCUGAGUACUGUGUGAAGUGGCACCAUCCUGCUGGAAGUGAUGUCUUCUGCAUCAGGCAUAAAACAGAGAUCCAGGUCCCCUGUGGUCAAAGACCCCCAUGGCAUUCUUUCCAAGGCGCGUUAAUCUCGGUCUGUUGGCCAUAUUUAAAUUUGGUAAUUACAUUCUGCUUCUCUAUAGAAGUUUGGUAAUUGCAGCUUGUAAUUUGAAGUUUGGUAAUUACAUAAUAUAAUUGCAGUUUGUAAUUUGGUAAUUGCAUUCUGCCUCUCUGCAGUUCCGGUUGGAUGUAUUAUUCUUGGCAUUCUGUGCUAGAGUCAAAUCCUACUCAUUUUAUGUAUGUGUUCAUCUCAGUGGAGUCAGAGGGGUUACUGAGGUGAGUAAAGUGACCCACAUUUGCCCCUUAGACUUUACUGGGCGUUCCUGUGCUUCAUUUUAGUGCUGGGUGAUGUGAUUCCUAUGUAUCAGAGGCAACGUAGCUCUUUAGGAUGGAAUUACUUACAUGUACAGUUUUGCUAAAUUUUUAUACAGCACAAAGCCCAACACAAGCAUAAUAAUGAGGGUAAAUACUCCUUAAUCUGCUACACUGUGGCUAGUUAGCUGAUUUUCUGUCACAUGUGUAAUGCAAUAUGUAGGCAAAGGCUACUCUUCAGCCUUAACUGAAUUUUAGUGCCGUUGCCAGCUUUUGUCACUCCUAAAUUUAUCUUCUAGACAUCACAGGGUUUUUAAUCACAUCAGUUAAUUAUAUUCCCCCCCAACCAAAAACAAAACAAAACAAAAAAUCACUCAGUGAUGACUGACAUUUGUAUCGCACCUUCACUUUGGAGAUAAAAUAUUUAGGGCAGGAAGAUAAGAAUUUUAUCCAAUAAAAUGACAUAGGAAAUUUAAGAUACCGUAGGCAAAGUGUAAUUACCAAAUUCAGAAUUUGGCCAAGACGGAGAGAUUAACAUCUGCAGCCCCUGUAGUAUAGGAGUCACAGAAGUACUGGGGCAUAAUGAAUUGUAAAAUACUCCUUUCAAUCCAUUGGGAUCUGUUGUGUAAAUCUGUAUUUGUACUAAUAAAAUAUAUAUUUAAGACUGUAAUCCUGCACACAUGCACAUGUAAUGAGGAAAAUGAGCAGCCAUGUUCGUAAAAUUUACACGUAUUCCUAAAUGUUUGAAAGAUGAGGUCUCUGAAUAAUUAUUAAACAUAUGGGGUGAAAUCCUGGCCCCAACUCCCAUUGACUUCAGUGCGGCCAGGAUUUCAUCCAUGCCAUAAAUGUACUUGAUGAAUUUAGAACAGCUUGUUCAAAGCAGGUAACACUGACAUUUAAAUAAUAUUUUGGUACUUUUAUGAUUUACUCAUACAUAUGACUUCUUUGGCACUGUCUUGUUUGAUCAUUGGAUAUGUAUUUAGAUUUUUCUUUUAUUAUAUAUUAAAUACCCAAUAGACCACAACGAGCCUUUUGCAGUUGUCACAGCAUCUUCCAUAAAUACACUACGGAGAUAAAAUCAGACAGAUGUGAACUGAAGGUCUUGCAUUCCUUUCCAUACUAUAUAAUUUACUAAUGGAGUUAGCCAUUGCAUUCUAAUUUAUAAAUCUGUAUUUUUAUAUGGAUUUUUAACCAUUAUAGAACGGACUCAUAAAAAGUCUUAAUUCGUAUUUAUUGAACCAAAGUCUUCCUAGGAAUGUUACAAUCUAUCCUGUCAGUCUAGCUGCCACAUUUGCUGUGAUCUCAACAUUCUUUUGGUCAUGUUUACAGUUUUAAAAAAAAGUUACUGAAUAUAUACAUUAGGGGCUUGAGCCUGCAUUUCUCUGUAAAAUAAUCCUAUAGAACUUCCGAGAAAAUAUAAACUUUUUAUAGUAUUUUUAAACCAAUCUGCAAAUUUCUAUGGCAGGGGUAUCAUUCUCUGUUAAAUUCUAUAGGUUUUAGAGUAAUUUACAUAAAACCCCACUGACUUUAAUCCAUAAUAAAUUCGAUAGAAAGGGAAAGGAAUGUUUCAAGAUCUUUGUCUCUAGAUUUUAAAUCAUAAUGUUGUGACCUUUUAAAAACAUUUGGGCUCUGAAUUACUACUGCACCAUGAUCAUAUUGUGUUUAAUUACGUAAUUUUAAACAGUGAAGCUAUAUGAGUCAUGUGCAAACAAGGGCUUAAAUUGCUGUAAUAAACAUCAUUUUUACAUACUUUUUAACCUUGAAAAUCACCCACAAUUGUUAUUUUUAAAUUGUUACCAGUUUGCUUCCCCAAAUAUUUUUUUAAAAACCACGCAAUAGUCCACAGUGAAACAGAACUGGGCACAGUGGUGUUUGGGUCUUUAAAAAAUGUUGGUUUUUUUAGGCAAAGCAGAAGCUUUGGAUGCCAAGUUUUUGAUUGGAACAAAUAUUUACAGAUUCAAAGACCCACAGAAAACAUGCUGGCACAACUUCAAGUAUAUCAGCAUUCACAUUGCUACUUCAGUGCUGAAAACCCCUUUUCUGUUGAAAUAUUUCCUCUGACUUAGAUUCCACAGGGUAGAUCCUGACCUGGUGUGAAUUGUUACAGGCUCAUUGAGUGCAAUGGACCUAUGACAAUUUACAAAAGCUGAGGAUCUGUCUCCAAAACUGAGUUGUCAGCUAAUCAUGGAUGCAAAACUAAAUAUUCUUCAACCUGGAUUUUUAUGAAUGCAAAUAUCCUUUGCUGCUGUUACCAACUAUAACAUACCAACCCAGAACGGAGGGUCUUUCCAAAGCCCUGCACACCACUUGAAGGGUUAACAGAGGGCUCCGAAUGCAUAUUGGAGGAGUAAUUCUGAGCAAAUUGAUUUUCAUGAGCAAACUGUACCAUUUGCUAAUGUAUUAUUGAAGAGAACUGACUUAUCUUAAUGGCAGAGUCACUACAAUGUUCAGACUUUGCACUGUAAAAACUUUUGUAAGGAAUGAAAGCUUCUAUUUUGAGAGCCAGUCUUUCAAGGGAUAGAAAACAGCCAUGUUUAAUGUGUAUCUGGCAUUUAAGGCCAAAUUCUGCUUGCCUUACUCAUGUGAAUAGUCCCGCUGAAGUCACUGGGAGUACAGUCCUUGCUUGAAUAAGAUCAACAGGAUUUGACUCAGUGAAACUUGAGCAAAAGUGCUACCCACGUUGAAUGUUUGCAUAGCGCACUGUUAUUUACUUAUGUAAUUUUUGUACCAUAGGUUAGCAUGGAAGUAGCAAACCAGUUUAAACUGUAAGAAAAGGGAAAAGCUAAAUGCAACCUUAAUAUAAUAUUUUCUCAGUGAUAUCUGUAAAACUUCUAUUCUUCAAUAUAUGCGUAGGACUGACAUAUUGUCAUACAGGCAGGUUUUUUCUUCUGCGAUCUUCUUUCAGGGAGUUUGGUAAGAACAUACUUUUAAUAUUUAUUGUUUAUAGUUUAGCUUUUAUGAAAUGAUUAGAGCGUAGAGAACAUUUCUAAUUCCAUUAUCUCAUUAUGUCUCUAUGAUGCUGUGUAUGUUGAUGAAACAUUAGCAAUACAUGUACUGUAAUGAACCAGCAGUCUAAAGAGCAGGCUGACGCCAACAAAAGGAGCAUCAGUAAAAGUUCUUUGCACUAUGAAUUUUAAUGUCCAGAUUUUUGGCUUCAAUUGUAAGCAGGAAACAAUAAUAUAUAUAUAUUAUAUAUAUAUUGGGCCCUCUUUAAAUCCAUACAAAUCAAUCCAAAUCAAAAUUGUUAUUUUAAGCAAAUUAAAGCCUGGCUGGCAAUAUUCUAAAUCACCACUGAUGUUUUAGGUGCCUGGCUGCGAAGAAGUGCAGAACAUCAUGUGUUUACAUUUGUCGGCAUAUAGUAUGACUCUUCUUAUACUUCAGGAAAUAAGUUGAUUUUUAUUUUCAGUUUUAAGAGAUGGUUUGAGAAAUUCUGUGAUCAGUUCUUUCAAAGUGGUAAACGUAUUUAACAUCAUACGGUGUAAUUGUUAAAGAUUACACUGAAAAAAUUCAAUAUAAAAAAGUUACUUGGCUGAGGCAAUUUUAGAAUUAUUUCACAUCAGGUGACUCUGCUGUGAACUUAAACCCAUUAGUUUCUAUAUUGAUGCUUUCUUGCCGUAAAGAGAGAGCAUGUGGUAUUGGCUUUGCCAUCAGAUAUGUAUUGCAUCUUGCCUUUUGUUACUUGGUAGUUUUUAAAAAGAGCUGUGCGUUCGAGCAGAUGUUUCCAAUUGCAGAAAAAAGAAGCUUUAAAUAAUUUAUUAUUGUUUAAAAGGGAAAAAUCAAAUGGAUCUAGAAGAGCAAAUAUUUUAAAAAUCAUCGCAAAAUUGCUUCUUCAUAUAUAAGAGAAAUGGUUUUUCAGUAGCCUAGAGUAUUGAUUAGUAUUCUGUUUUUCUUUAAUCAUAUAACAGAGAUUCUCAAACAGGGGGUUGUGACCCCUCAGGAGGUCACGAAGUUAUUACAUGGGGGCCAUGAGCUGUCAGCCUCCACCCCCAAACCUGCUUCACCUCCAGCAUUUAUAAUAGCAUUAAAUAUAAAGAAGUGUUUUUAAUUCAGAAGGGAGGAUACAUUCAGAGGCUUUCUGUGCGAAAGGGGUCACUAAUGCAAACGUUUGAGAACCACUGAUUAAUGCAUCAACUGUUAUUUGCUUUGUGUUCCUAGACGAUGCAGCAUAUGCUCUAAAACGGUCAUAAAUUCUAAAAUACCUUCCUUUAUUUUUCCCUUUCGCCAAACACAAUCUUCUGAAUAAGUAAUGUAGCAAAUUAAAAGGAAGCUAUAGUAUAUUACCAAAAAUCCAAGACUGAAAAAUUGCAUUCACCCACACAAGCUUGAGAAUCAGGACCUUAAAAAACCCCUGUUUGUGAAAUCACAUACCCAAAUUCCAAAGAGAGCACACACAAAACACCAGAAGUGUGUGAGGGCAGGGAGGGAAGAAUGGGGACAAGGGCAAGGUAAUGCAGUGGGGGGUGGGGUGGGGGGCGACAGUGCAGCUCAGAUUGCCUUCCCUUAGCAUGAGAGAGAAUUAGCAUCCGGGUGGUGGUGUUUGUACUUUUCCCAAUUUGCAUGCAUAUAGUUUUACCUUGUGUGCUUUAAAAUUAGAUGAAGAGGAGCCUGACGUUCAAAUUUUUGUGAAAGUCAAUUGUACAAUCAUAGGGUCACUGUGGUACUUGUUUUCCUUUUGUGUAGCUAUUUCUGUGUAACUGUAAUGGCCAAAUCCUGCUCUCUUUAGUCAGUGUGACUACUUGUACGAGCAAGACUAACAGGCUUUAGCCCACAAUGUGUAUUUAUUCAGAGAAACUGAAGCACAGGUAGGCUGCCCCAGCUCCUUCUAUCUUUGUACUUCAGGAACUACCAUUUUUGUUUGGUUGCUGUAUGUAAGCCAUAUCCAUUGUACACUGUGUGUAUAUUUUUAUUUAAAUAAAUGUGACUUUUAUUUUUUA